CAGAUAACGAACCUUAAAUACAGGUUUAUUGUAGAGAGCAAGUUAUCCUCCCGGCUCUGGUGAUUCUCUCCUUGGAUCCAAAUUAAUGAACAUGUUUCUGCUGAAGGGAAAACGCACAUGUUCUGGGUUUGGGCCACGGAAGUGGCUGUUUGGGAUUCUCAUUGUUUUCAUCGCAGGCUGCGCUUUUCUGCAACACAAGAAAAAGGGGCUUAUUGGAAGAGCAACCACUCAGCACCCCCAGGAACAACUGCCCCCUUUGUAUUCUGGUGAAGAACUCAGGUCCAAGUUCAGCUACAGCGAUAUCAACCUCUACCAAAAUAGCCAGUGUGUCUGCCCCACUGAGACAUGGGGCCCAAGAAGAAUUGAAGUUUUUAAUCUCAAGAAAUAUCUGAAUCCAAAUGAUGCUGAAGCUAUGAAAGCAAGAAGAAAGAAGGAGUAUGAGCAUUACAGCAAGAGGCAUCAUUCCCAUGGUAUUCUCAUAGCUGCUCCAAACUCCCCCCUUGGCUAUCCAACCCACGGUGUCCAGGUUAAACCUCUUCAUACUAUCCUGCUCCCGGGGUUACAAGUAAAUGCUGACCUUCGGAACUACGUGGUAACAUUGGAAGCCUCCUUGGGGACCUUUGACACCCUAGUGAAUACAUUGGAUAUAAGUGAAAACGUAGUUUCUGGGAGAGGAGAAAAACGUUUUGUCAUAAGUACACCUGACCAGAAUUUACUGAACCACAUCCUGAGCCACAUUACCUACACAAGUAACGUUUAUGAUAUCGACAGUCUGGAUAUCAUUACAUUUACUAUGGAUCAACAUGAAGCCAAGAUUCCAGUAUCAAUCCGACAGCCACCAAUGAUACGUUUAUAUGACCCAGGAGCAGAGCAGAAGAUUCAGUCAUUGGUCACAAUAACCACCAAAACCUUACUGCGCUAUGACAAGCUGAAAGCUCUGAUAAGUAGCAUUCGCCAGUACUACCCGGAAAUCAAGAUCAUUGUAGCAGAUGACAAUAACGUAACCGAGAAAAUCGAGGAUGAUAAUGUUGAACAGUAUUUCAUGCCAUUUGGAAAGGGCUGGUUUGCUGGAAGGAAUCUUGCUGUAUCUCAGGUGACCACCAAAUAUUUCCUUUGGGUGGAUGAUGAUUUCCUCUUCACUAAGGACACCAAGAUCGAAAAGCUGGUGGAUGUGUUGGAGUCAACAAACUUAGAUGUGGUUGGGGCCAGUGUGGAUGGCAACCAUUUCAGUUUUCGACUCCUGCUACAGGAAGGUGGUGAAGAAGGGGACUGUUUGCACUGGAGAGGAGGGAGCUACCAAGAAAUCGAAGGCUUUCCAAAAUGCGUGCUGACCGGAGGAGUGGUCAACUUUUUCUUGGCACACACAAACCGCGUCUUAAGUGUUGGGUUCGACCCAAAACUCAACAGAGUGGCACAUACUGAGUUUUUCGUUGAUGCAUUGGGCCGACUACGCGUUGGAUCUUGUAGCGACGUCGUUGUUGGGCACCAAAAAAAGGACCUAUCAGUUUUGGGCUCCAAGGAUGAAAAGGCCAGAAUGUAUAAUUCCUUCAGAACAAAUACCAAUGAACAAGUGACAAUGAAACUCACACUUCAUUACUUCAAGAACAGAUUGAGCUGUUUUACAAAACAUUAAAACUUCUGGAAUCUGGAAAGGACAUGUAUUAUCUCAGGGAGCAAUGGUUCAUGCCUUACAUGGAUAGAUGUAAGGGUUGUCCAUCACUGUUAUUCAAGUUAAUUCAUGUGUUCCAGGGUUUGACGGGAUGCUUACUAACCAAGAGCUUCAUAGUACUGUAUAUUACAUUGCACGGCUAAGGUGGACCAACUGUUUGGAAGAAAAUCACUUGAUAAAUGAACCUUGGAAAAGGAACAUUUCCCUGUGAAUUGUACCUGGCAACAGGUAUCAUGACACAGAACAAAAAGAAAUGCUUGAUUGCUAGGGUGCAAUGUACAGUAUGUCACCAAUGGGGAGAUCUCUUGGGACAUGGACUCUUCUCUGUUAAGUCAAGGAAUAAAGCAACCCCAGCACGUAGGUGAAUGCAGAUAUGCAGAAGGGAUAUUCUUUGCACUAAAAACGUUAUAUUAAAAAAUUAAUUUAAUAAUGCUCUAAUUAUUGUAAUUUUAUAAUGGUGGUAAAAUCUGCUCAUAAAUUUAAUAUAUAUAUAUUAUAUAUAUACAGUAUAUAAUUUUUUUUUUUAAAGCAUAUCUGACCAACAGAUAAUUUAUGUCCUAUUAUGUGAUCUAUCAAGGAGUCAACCUGAUUUAUACAUGUCAAUAAAUAUUUUUGUUGUUAA